AUCUUAAAUUUGAUUUUGCUCUCUUGGAUUUGAUAAUUUAUCUUGAAUUGAAAUUAUAUCUAUUAGUAAUGUGAUCAAUUCUAUUAGUAAUUUGAUUUCUAAUAGUAAUGUGAUUGAUUCUAUUUAAUAUCUACUAGUCAUAUGAUUCAUUCUAAUUGAUAUCUAUUAGUAAUGUGAUUGAUUCCAAUGGAUUCUGACAAUUUUUAUAAGUUAAUUACCUUUGGUGUCUUUUAGUAACGUGAUUGAUCCGUGGUUGAUUCUAUAGAGAACAUCUAUUAGUAAUAUGAUUGUUUGAAGAUAAAAUCAAACCAAGAACCAGAUUGAAGAUUAAGUCAAACCCAAAGAGCAGCACCAAAUUGAAGAUGACAUUAAACCAAGAACCAGAUGAAAGUGGAGGUUUUGUUACUUGAGCAUUGGAAUCCAUGUUCAAAGAGUGUCCUGGGAAGAAAUACACCUCUCUUCAGAUUUGUGUGUGUGCCUGAAACCAAUAAUGGAACAGCAAGAACUGAAGAGGAGGCUGAUGUGGCACCUUCAGCUUCAAAUGACAUUGCGGAGGCAGAAAAGUUGGUGCCCCCGUGGCAUCCAAGGUGGAAAUGUGAAUGUGAAAACAACAUUUUGAUUGCUCCUAAAUGUGGAAAGUUUCUUGUUUCAUAUGAAGGGCACCAUUUAGACAUUUGAUAAAUUGUUAAAUAUUUUAAAACUGGUGAUAUGUGUAAUUCAGGUUAUGAAGUGCAUAUGUGUAAUAAUGGAC